GCCUCCCCAGCAGCAGAUGUCUUCUGCGCCUGUUGGUGCGCCUGCACCGGGUCCCCCACCGCCGCCACCUAGCGGUGCGAUGUCUCAGCAGAAUUUGAAUCAGAUUGUCAUAGACUACCUGGCCAAAAAGGGCUAUAGCCGUACGGAAGCUAUGCUUCGGAUGGAAUCUGCCAACCAAGAGAUUGAUGGUCGUCCUUUGCCUCCGCUAGGAGAGGAUGCACGUCCCAAGUAUCAACUUGGAUUCGACUUGCUCAAGGUCUGGGUCGAGGACAACCUAGAUUUGUACAAGCCUGAACUGAGACGCGUCCUGUGGCCGCUCUUUGUUUAUUCUUUCCUGAACAUGGUGACCUCUUUCUAUCCCCAGCAGGCCAAGCAGUUCUUUGAUAUCAACAAGAACCUCUUUCUACCGGAACACACUGAAGAUGUGCGAGGUCUAGAGCCUAUCAGCCUCCCAGAGCAUGUUCAAGACAAUUCGAUUGCCAAGCUAUAUCGUGGCAACAAGUAUCGCCUGGUUCUCAGCAACCCAGCAUUUUCCAACCUAAUGCAGUUCCUCGAAAGCAAACAAAAAGAAGGUGGCUCUGUCAUGUCGGCCAUUUUGAGCAGUUACUGUACCAUAAUCACCAAAGAACGUGCCGUCGAUGACAGGUUUAGCUUUGCAGCGAUGCUAACCCAAGCCGGUAUGGGACAGUCUUUCCCUACGGAGGAUGAGGGUAUUCCCGGUCAUCAUCCAGGUUCUGCCUACACAGGUGACAAUCCUGCAAUGGCGGGUACAUUGCCUAGGCUUAAACUCGGGAAGCUGCCAAUGGAGGCUGCUCUUGAAGGCGAUGUGCGUGCUGAAUUGGUAGACGAGGAUGCAAAAAAUCCACCCGGUCCGGGCCAGAACACUCUAGUUCAGGAACUCGACCAAAUUAUCAAGAAGGAAGAUGACGAUGAAGCUCCCACUCGUACUGAUAUCCCUUAUCCUCCAUCAACAGCGCGUGAUGUGGCCAUGGAAGUCCAGAAAGUCAAGGAAAACCGCGACCGCUUCAGGAUUGAGUCUAGGACAGGAGGCGUCGGUCCUGCUGUUAGCGUCUGCAUGUUCACUUUUCACAACACUUAUGAUGGGGUUAAUUGCCUGGACUUUUCAGAUGAUAAUAUGCUCGUUGCAGCUGGCAUGCAAGAGUCAUACAUCCGAGUUUGGAGCAUGGAUGGAAAGAAGAUCCCCACAACAUAUGAGAACGUUGACGAUGCUCCUCCUUCAAAUUCUCGUCGUCUGAUUGGGCAUUCAGGCCCCAUAUAUGCAGUUGCAUUCGCCCCAUCGGCUACUCGUGCUGAUAAUGCGGUGGCACCAACCAAUGUCCGCUGGUUACUCUCAUCGUCAGCAGACAAAACCAUCCGGCUAUGGUCCUUGGAUCUAUGGCAGUGCAUGGUUGUCUACAAAGGACAUGAUCAACCAGUUUGGGAUCUACAAUGGGGUCCGUACGGUCACUACUUCGCCUCGGGAGGCCACGAUAAGACCGCCCGUCUCUGGGUUACUGACCAUAUCCGUCAACAGCGCAUCUUCGUCGGACACGAUCAGGAUGUGGACUGCAUUUGUUUUCAUCCUAACUCCGCUUACGUUUUCACCGGUAGCUCCGACCACACAGUACGCAUGUGGGCGGUAACUACUGGGAAUGCAGUUCGCAUGUUCACUGGACACACAGGUAAUAUUACCGCACUGGCUUGCAGCCGGGAUGGCAAGAUUCUUGCAUCUGCAGACGAUCACGGAUCAAUCCUUCUCUGGGACUUGGGACCCGGACGACUUCUCAAACGCAUGCGUGGCCACGGAAAGGGCGGUAUCUGGUCACUCAGCUGGAGCGUUGAAUCAACCGUUCUGGUCUCCGGCGGUGCUGACGGCACUGUUCGCGUGUGGGACGUUACCGGCCCAGCGCACGACCCAUCCCAAGGCCGAGUCGUUGGCGAAGGUGGUGCAGGCACCAAGAUCGAUGGAGCCAACCCUCCCGCGAACCCCACCCAAACAUCGAGCUCUGUCGUGCCGGGGAUGGGCAAGAAGAAGGGCAAAGACGUGGUCGUUACACCCGAUCAGAUUAGUGCUUUCCCGACGAAGAAGAGCCCCGUCUACAGGGUGAAAUUCACCAACAUGAAUCUGAUUAUUGCCGGUGGCGCUUAUCUUCCUUGAUUCAAGAGAAAACCAAAAUGAACUUUAUGCGUAUGCGAAAAUGGCGUCGGAUACCCUUUUUUUUUUUUUUUUUUGUUUCUUACCUACUUACCUACUCCAUCAUCUAUCUCUAUUGCAAGACAUCGGUGGGGUUUGAUCUACAUCUUAUUCAGUGCAUUGUUGGAAGGUGAACAUUAAUAAGUUAUGGAUGUAUUUUAUUUUAUUUUAUUAUUACUUUUUUUUGCUGGAUGCUUUAAAAGGCGUCGUGUCCUGGCAUGGGUUAAGAAUGGCUUUGGUGUUGACGGAAUGGGCACUGUACUAUCAUACAUGCAUAUUUUUCUGCAUUCUGAAAAG